UCAUUGGCCUAAGUGAGCGUUGAGCAAGGAGAUUUAUAAACAUUAGUGCUACUCCUCGACAUGUCGCUGACGAAUACGGAUGAACAGAAGAAGUACGAGAUUCUGCGUAACGAGCAAGUUGGCAGGUAUGCGGUAGCGAUAAAAAAUCUGGAGCCCGGAGAAGAAGUUAUGAGCGAAUUGCCGUUCGUCGUCGGUCCCAAGAGUUUCACCCAUCCCUUGUGCCUGUCCUGUUACAGUCCUUGGCCGAGUGAGCUGGACAAUCAAUUCUUAUGCUCCACAUGCUGCUGGCCCGUCUGCUCGACCGAGUGCGAAGUCCAGCCUCAGCACAAAGAUUACGAAUGUGGGAUAUUUGCUGAGUCGAAAGAAAAAUUUAACGUGGAAGUAGCAUUGUGCAAUGAGCAGCAAAAUGGAAUUCCACAGCUCGAGUGCAUCACUCCAUUGCGGCUUUUACUGGCUUCGGAGAAAGAUGACGAGAGGUGGAAGAGAGAGGUCAAAGACAUGGAAACACACAACAAGAAUAGGUGCCAAAAAUCACAAUGGAGCACUGAUCAUGUAAAUAUCGUGGAAUACUUACGGAAGCGGUUGAAAUUAGAAAGGUUCUCGGAAGAUAACAUUCAAUCGGCCUGCGGAAUUUUAGAAAUAAACUGUUAUGAAAUUAGAACUGCUAAAGGCUUUUUAGCUAGAGCUUUAUAUCCCAAUGUCGCAAUCAUUAGCCACUCGUGUGUUUCAAAUACGGUCCAUAGUGUGGUCCCAGCUGAUUACCGCAUCGCGAGAUUCGUAUAUCAUCAACAAUGUACACCCUCGUGCUACCCCACAAUUCACUUGAGGACAGCGGUGAAGGUGUCUGCUGGCCAGGAGCUUUUCAGCAGCUACACCCACGCCUUGCUACCGACGAUGCUGCGUCGCGAAUAUCUCCUCGAGAGCAAGUACUUUGUGUGCGCGUGUAGUAGGUGCGCCGACCCUACGGAGCUCGGCACCCACAUGUCUUCUCUCAAGUGCAACAAGUGCGACAAUGGGAUGGUCGUACCCCUUGACUCUCUAGAUACGGAAAGUCGAUGGAAAUGCACGCAUUGCGAGUUUUCAACAAACGGACAAGCAGUUAAUAAAGUGCAAAAAAUUAUUCAAGGGGAAAUGGACAAAGUGGAAGUUUAUACAAUUGCUGAUGGACCAGAAGCAGUUAAUAUUAGGGAAAAUUUUAUAAAAAAGUAUUCACUGAGUCAACUGUAUGGCCACGUAAACGAAUACUACCUGGACGACUUGCCGGACGUAGUGCUCGAGCACAAGGUUGACAUAUGCCGACUGCUCCUGCAGGUACUCGAUGUAGUCGAGCCCGGGCUAACUCGUUCCCGUGGAAUGGUCCUGUACGAACUGCACGCUCCCCUGCUCUUCCUCGCUAAAAAUUUGUGGAAUGCUGAUGUCAUUGACGCGGCAGCCCUCAAGUCCAAGAUGAUCGAGGCCGCGAGUAUCCUUAAAGAGGCUGCGAACAUUCUUUUGCUCGAGCCUAAAGGAACAGCCGAGGCGGAAGAUGCCUUAGCUGUAGGUCCAGCUAUUUUCGAGAAAAGCGUCUUCUGCUUUGCCUGCAUGAGAGCACUGCCAGUUAAUUACAAAGCAAUCAAGUAUACGUGUUCUGAGUGUAAUGUUGCUCCCCUGUGUAGCUUGGUUUGCCAGAAUACAAAUGGACUUCAUUCAAGUCAUGAAUGCAAUAUUUUUCAAGAGAAAAAAUAUUUGUGUCUCGAAAAUCUUGAAAAACUUGUACAAAUUUUACUUCAUUUUCGACUAUGGAUAUUUAAGAAUAAUAAUUCGGAAGCUUGGAAUCAAAUUUUAAAUAUGGAGGCACACAUAAGCGAGAGAAGAAAUACAACUGUUUGGGAAGAUUGUGAAGAAAAUAUAAUAAAUGUCUUCCGGGUUCUCAGCCUGUUGAAUGCCGAUGAUGAUGGCGAGUCGCUGCAGUGGCUCUGCGGCGUCGUCGACGUUAAUACUUUUGAGCUGCGGAGUCCAGGGGUCGUGGGCACGGCGGAUACGAGUCCUCAUCUCCUGCGUGGCUUCUUCCCGGAGGCCUCGCUAAUGAGUCACGCGUGUCGAGCAACCGCCCAUGUGAGCGUCGACGAGAGCUUUCGAAUGUCCGUAUACGCAGCCGUGUCCAUAAAAGCCGGCGAGGCCAUCUCCUUCAAUUACACGUCGUGUCUCCUGGGAUCGAUUGCAAGACAGCAGCACUUGCAGGAAGGAAAAUAUUUUCGCUGUGAUUGUGCCGUUUGCAAAGAUCCACUCGAAGGUGGCUCAUAUAUUAGUUGCAUCUUGUGUCCACGAUGUAAAGAAGAUUAUGUAGCGAUUCAGAAUCCUAAGGAAAAUGAUCCAUACGGAUAUAAAACCAAAUGGCAGUGUCAAAAAUGCAAACGGAUAUUUUUUGGUUGUCUUAUAAAAAGAACACUAGAUAUCAGUAAAGAUUUAAUUAGUCAACUGGAUAUUAAUAAUUAUAAGGAAAUAGAAAAGUUGCUCGAAAAAUUAUCCAGAUCUUUUCACAAAAAUCAUUUUAUAUUAUUGUCUUUAAAGCAAGAACUAUUGUCUGUUUAUCGAAAAGAAUUGACGAAUAUCAAUCCGCAAAAGAAAAUAUUAAAAAGAAUGCUACAACUGUACGAUGAAUUAAUCGAUGUUUUAGAAAUUGUUGAACCAGGCAUAUCAAGAUUAAAAGGUAUAGUCUUGUAUGAAAUGCAUUUAUCAAAUGCUAUUUUAGCGAAUCGUGCUUAUAAUGCGCGUGAAAUCUCCAGUGAGGAAUUGUGCUCCCGCUUAGAGAUAGCCCAAGGACAUCUAAAACGAUCCUUAACAAUGUUACUUUUAGAACCAGUAAAUACACCCGAAGGAGCUUUGGCUAAGCGUGCUCUACGCAAUAAAAAAUUACUCGCACAAAAUAUUGAAAAUGUUAAAAGCAUAUUACAGUGAGAAAAUUCGGCAACGCAGGGGUUAAAUUUUCAAAGGAAAAAAUAAAAAUAAAAUGA